AUGCGUUUCGAAUCCACAAUCAUCGGCCUUUUGGCUGCUGCCACAACCGCCAUCGCCGUCUCGGUGCCACCCCAAGCUGCCGUCGCAGGAGGGCUCGUCGCCCGUCAAGAAGUGGAGGGUGGAGAAAUAAGGGCGACCCGCGUGAAGCGGAACGAGGAUGAAGAAGGUGGCGACGACGAGCACUUCAACCCGACCAGGGCUGUCGACCACGAUGACCCCAACGACCCAAACCACACCGGAAGUCCGGGUGCCGAGCCUCCUGUCAAGGCUAGGGAUGCGGCGUCCAAUGCUCAAGUAGAUGAUGACAUUGAUACUACUCCUGAACCUGAUGAUGACGGAAACACUGACCAGGACAGUUCUGACGACGCCCACACAAAGAGGGACGGCAAGGACAAGGACAAGGACAUGGAUAUGGAUAACAUGCACAAGGCUUCUGGCAAGAACUCGACCAACAUGUCCAACAUGACCAUGCCGGCAGAUGCCAAGGGUGCUGCUUCUGGCGUUGGUGUGAGCGUCGUGCUGGGUACGGUGCUGGGUGGUGCCGCUUUGUUCAUGGCUCUCUAG